AUGGGUAACGACGGCGGCUCCAUCCCCACCCGCCGCGAGCUCGUCAAGAACGCCGCCCGCAACCCCACCCUCGAUCUCGAAACCGCCGUCUCCGAUUGGCGCGGCCGCCUCUACAAUUACGAAUCCAUCCUCAAGGCCCUCAUGCCCUCGGCCGGCCCCGGCGGCGACGACGACGACGAUGCCGAAGCCGCGGCUGCCAAGAACGAGGAAGUCAUCGGCGCCGCCGAGUUCUCCUUUGCCUCCACGGGCAUCAAAUCUCUGCGCGACAUCGUCAAGAUCAAGGAUAAGAAGGGUAGCAAGAAGAAGAGGAAGCGGGUGGAUGGUGACAAGAACGAAACCGAGGUGGACGGCGAGGCUAAGGGCGAGAGGGUGCACAAAUCCGCCAAAAAGGAUGGCAGGUUAAACGGCAUCAACAACCCAAUGGCAUCCUCCCUCACCGCCAAGGUGCUUGCGGAGCAGGACGAGCUCAACAGGAGGCGUAAGUUGGCCGGGAUUGUCAAUAAAUAG